AUCACAUCACUGCCUGAUUUAUAUAAAAGCAGGAUUUUGUGUUUCAGUGUGUUGCUGCUGUCUCAUCUUGAAGGAAGUGCAGAAUACUGACUAAAGAUGUCUGGCCGUGGGAAGAAAACUGUACCCAAACCAAAAUCUGCAGUGUCCCGGUCUUCCAGGGCAGGGAUCACUUUCCCAGUAGGCCGCAUCCACAGGCUGCUCAGGAAGGGAAACUACGCAGAGCGGGUUGGCACUGGCUCUGCAGUGUACCUCUCAGCCGUCCUGGAAUACCUUUGUGCUGAAAUCCUGGAGCUGGCAGGAAACGCCAGCCGUGACAACAAGAAGCAACGCAUUGCUCCACGCCACAUCUUGUUGGCGGUGAAAAACGACGAGGAGCUCAACAAACUGCUGGCGGGCGUCACCAUAUCAGACGGUGGUGUCAUCCCAAAUAUCCAUGCAACUCUUCUCCCCAAGAAGACGAAGUUGCCUAAGGAUGAUAGCUCUGCUCAAGAUGUUCAGUCUCAAGAGUUUUAAAUGUGAAAUGUGUAGAAGUUGUAAAUCUUAUUAAAGGGUUAUAUUUUAA